AUGCGUCGGCUUGUACUCUACUUAUUGGUGUUCGGCGGGAGCCUAGCCUCCAACAUCCCAUGCGGAAAGUCGUUUAUUCCAUGCGAGAAUGACAUUCUCAACCAUCAACAAGAACUUCACAGCACUGACGAAGGUGAGUGGGCUCUUCUCGGCUCUCAUGACAUGUUGCUCUACCAACUCUUGACAAUCCACACGGACAAAUGUCAACCUUACGAUUUAAAUGUCAACUAUAACUUCCCCAAACCAACCUUAGAAUUGGGCUCCAAGCCAAGUAGGCACCGAUGUCCUUUCCAGCCCAUUUCUCUCCCCACUUCACUUCAUUUGACCCCCUUACUGGGAACGCCCGACCAUAUCUUCGUGGAAUUAGUGGAGCGUGAUUGUGAUGGAGAAUAAGAAAGAAACGUCAUUCUAUUCCGGGUGAGGGUGGUAGUAAACGAGGCGAAUAGCAGGGGCACUUUACCUGCAAACAACAAAAAGAGGGGAAAGGAGGACAAGAAUCAGACCAAACUAAUUGCAGCGCCAUUCGUGUCCCAUCGCGUCCCGGAUGGGCUUCUGUUCGUGGCCGCCAAGGAAGGAGAACGCGAGUCUCUGAGACUGUUCGAUUUCCGCGACUCGGCGUUCCAGUACUCGGGACACCCGCUCUCCACCUCCACUUCACAGUUCACACGCAUUCACAAAGCCGACAAGAAGGCCUCCGAUCGCAGUAGAUCCGCAUUCACUUCGUUGGCUAUCACCAAGCGAUUAACUGCGUACGACCGACCACAAUCCAAACAGACCCUCACUCGUUUCUUUAGGCUGGGACUUCGCGAACGAGAGUUGAAGUACGGAUUACCACCCAACCAGAUAUCUUCUACCAUUUCCAAUUGCCCAAUUCCAACCAUCGACCACUGCUUCGCAACCAAUUACCGGUACGUAUUCGUCGUCCGCCGCGUGUCCACUGCCACCAUCCUCCCCCCAAAUUCACUUUUCUUCCUCUUUUCAUUGCGCAAUCUUAUUGAGUAGAUAAGCGUCGAUGUCGCUUUCGAAGGCAAUCCAGUUUUUGUCUUCCAAUCCACUUUCGAUCUUCUUUUCAGAUCAUUCUCUGGCAUUUGCAACAAUGUGGCACACCCUGAAUGGGGAGCAUCCCACACUCCGAUGGCGAGAAUCGUCCGUCCGGAUUACGCGGACGGGGUGUCAGAUCCGAGAGUGUCCGCAGUGAACAAGCCGUUACCGUCCGUCCGCGGACUCUCCUUGACUCUCUUCUCUCCAAGAGGACAGGUCAGUCGCGAAUCUCUUGAACUUGUGAUCGUUCUCUGGAUGCGUUGCAAGUAGAAAGUUCUGCCAAAAGGCUUCCAUUUCUCUUUGCUACUGCUCCCAGCUGACUGACUUUUUGUGUUCUUUCCGUCUUUUCCGUCGUCGCGAACGACCCUUUUUUGGCCUAGUACGUGACUCAUUGCACCAAACAUCCUCCUCCCUAGACACUUCUCUUUUAAUGUGUUUGAAACACAUGCUGAGGAUGUCUGUGCUCAAUAAUAGAACGACAACAGGCACAAAUAGCUUUGUGCUUUUGCGAUUGAGCUCAAAACAGAAAAGGGACCGACUAGUUUCAGGUGCACUCGGAUGUUACCACAAUGAUGGGAUUGUGGAUGCAGCUGGUCGCUUCGGACAUGGUUAACGUCGUUCCGUUUCAAGCAGUCAACGAGGGCACGUCUUCCGCAUUGCCAUGUUGCAAGAGGGGAUUCAAUCAUUCCGAGUGCGACUCUAUUGAUAUUCCUGCUGCGGAUCCUGCAUACAGGUACAACCGAUGGGAUUAGUAGAAGCAUAAGGACCGAAUGUUACAGAACCAGACUGAACUGUAUUCCACAUGCCAGAUCGAUUAUCGCCCCGAGGGAGGCGUGCAGAUUGGGACCGCGUGAGCAGGCUAAUUUCGCUUCUUCCUACCUCGACGCUUCCUUCAUUUAUGGAUCUAACAUGGACAAGGCAAAACAGUUGAGAACAUUCAGAAAUGGUACUCUUGAUAAGUCAACGGUUGAAAUUAACAUUUCAUUGUUUAUAGGACAACUUAGAACCGCAGGAAGUAUCGGAGAACUCCCAGCCACGGACGGAACCCUCCAAUGUCAGGCCACCCACUCGAGGUGUGCUCUCUCGGGAUCGGACGAAGUGAACAUCCUUCCGAGCGUCGCCGCACUCCACACCGUCUUCAUCCGCCAGCACAACAAGAUCGCAGAUACUCUCCGGGCCAUCAACCGUCACUGGACCGACGACAAACUGUACGAGGAGGCGAGAAAGAUCGUGUCUGCUCAAGUGCAACACAUCACUUACAAUGAAUUCCUGCCGGUCCUUUUGGGAAGGGAAAACAUGAAGAACUAUGGACUGAAUCUGCACUCUUCUGGAUUCGAUUCCAACUACGAAAUGAACUUGGAGGGAAGCACUUUUAACGAGUUCUCGGUCACCGUCCCUUACUACUUCUGGGCACUUUUUCCGUCCGAUCGCUCUUUCUCUGACUUCAACAAUCCAUCGAAACUGUACGAACAAGGACCCGUACAAAUCCUUCGUCAAGUUCUCACUUCGAAUAUUUAUCAGCCAACACUCCGUGCAAAUGACGAGGUGAAAAGCGGCUUUUUGAAGGACAAUCACGAGUUCGGACUGGACCUGAUCUCGCUGGCUUUGAAGCAGGGAAGAGAUCACGGAAUUCCCGGAUACACCACUUUGAGAGCAAGUUGUGGACUUGGAAGAGUGAGCAAUGUACACUAGUUCAAUUAUGAAACUGUUCAUUUCUAGAUUGCUUCUUUCAAUGAUCUUCGAGAGAUUUUCCUGCCAGAAGUAAAGCUUGAGCAGAUUUCUUCCUCUUACGAACGAGUGGAAGACGUUGACCUUCUGGUCGGAGUGUUGGCCGAAAAGCCGUUGAAGGGGUCCUUGGUGGGACCAACCAUGGCUUGCAUCAUCGGAAAACAAAUGCAAAGAGUUGGUUCGAGGAUAGGCUUCUUACCCAACAAACCUCAAUUUCAGACAAGGAGAGCCGAUCGUUUCUGGUACGAAAACUACUUUGCCCAAUCCGGAUUCAAUGAGGCUCAACUUUCCGAAAUUCGCAACACAAAGUUGGCUGAAAUCAUCUGCGCCAACAUCGAUAUCCGCCGAAUUCAGAGGAACGUGUUCUUCAAAGAGGACGUCUUCGAGUGGGUGAAAGUGAUUUGAUCGAUUACGAAUGAUUCCUUUCAGCAACAUGGCCAUCUCAUGCAACUCGUCUGUCCUAAACGGACCAGACUUCAACGAAUGGAGAGAUGCGGAAGGAAAGCCAGUGUUCCCAAUCCGGCAGGAAACCAUCGAAAAAGUGAUCAAUCUGGCGAAGAAGAAUCUGAAAGACCAGGAACGGAGAGAGAUUUCGAAUCUGAAACACAACCAGGGACGGUUUGUGAAGGGAGAUCCACUGUUUGCGUACUCGAACAUGAUGAGAGCGAAGGAAGGAGCCAAGCAGGUGUCUCAGAUCUCGGCCCUUCUGCUCGAGACGACAAAGUUGCUGAUCAAGGGAGAAGGCCUCGAUGCUGACGAACAGCUGCCGAAGCUCGACACGGACACACUUCAGAAGAUCCUGCCUGACAUUGACGUCACCACUUUCGUCAACAAUUACACCGCGUUCCUCUCCGAAGACGGUCAAUCGUCUCAAGAGGAGUGCAGUCCAAAGAUGCUUCCGUGCGAUCACACGACUCGCUACCGUACCUUCUCGGGAUGGUGCAACAACCUGAAGUUCCCCGAGUACGCCAACUCGUUCGCCCCUCUCCGCCACUUGCUCCCUCCGCAAUACGACGACGGAUUCGAUGCUCCGCGCACUCGAGCCAAGUCCGGCAGGGCUCUCCCGAACCCACGUAGAAUCUCAAAUCUGGUUUGCGAAGACAGAGAUAUUUCGCACGUGAAGUUCACUCACAUGGUCAUGCAGUUUGGACAACUUCUCGAUCACGAGCUCACCCAUUCUCCAGUCGCUCGCGGCCCGAACGAUCAGAUUCUGAACUGUACAAAGUGUGAUUCUCCCGAAAAGAUAUCCGUCCACUGCAUGCCGAUUCGUGUCGAAAAGGACGAUCCGUUCUUCCCGACGCAUUAUCCGAACGGCGAGCCCCGAUGCCUUCCAUUCGCCCGAUCUCUUCUUGGCCAGCUCAACCUUGGCUACCGUAAUCAACUCAAUCAAUUGACCGCCUACGUGGAUGGAUCCGCCAUCUAUGGAUCCACGAAAUGCGAGGCUAACGCCCUGCGUCUCUUCACUCGCGGUCUUCUCAACUUCACCGAUUUCGGCCACGGACAGAUGAUGUUGCCGCAAGGAAACCAAGAGAAAGACUGUCGUUCCUCCCGCGAAAAGCGGUCGAUGCCAUGUUUCGUGGCAGGAGACGAAAGGAACUCCCACCAGCCCGGACUCACCGUCAUGCACACUUUCAUGGUACGAGAGCACAAUCGGAUCGCUAUGCAACUGUCCGCUCUGAAUCCCCAUUGGAACGACGACACCGUGUACGAAGAGACCCGCCGCAUUGUCGUCGCCGAAAUGCAACACAUCACUUUCGCCGAGUUCCUUCCAAAGAUCAUCGGAUUGGACCUUCUGAACGCGCAGAACCUUGUUCCGAAGAAGAACGGAUACUUCGGAGGCUAUGACGACACUUGCGACGCCUCCAUUUCACAGCCUUUCGCGACCGCCGCUUUCCGUUUCGGCCACACUUUGAUCCGUCGAAUGUUCCCGCGAAUGAACUACAACUACAAGAAUAUGAGUGAGCCCGUCGACUUGGCUCAGCACUUCGGUCACGUCGGACCACUGUACGAGCAGGACAAGGGAGGAAUGGACUCGAUGCUGAUGGGAUUGCUCGGCACUCCGUCGAUGGCGUUGAUCGACACAUUACUGACGCCGUCCGCAACCAUUUGUUCAUGAGAAGAGGAGAGAAAACGAGUGGAAUGGAUCUUAUCGUGCUCAAUAUUCUGAGAGCUCGUGACCACGGAGUGCAGCCGUACAACGAUCUGAGAGAGUAUUGCGGAUUCAAGAAAGCAGUCGUUUGGGAUGAUCUGAAGGGGGAGAUGGACCAGGAGAACAUCAACAUCCUCCAGUCGCUCUACGAAUCCCCGGAUGACGUCGAUCUCUUCCCGGGUCUCGUCAGCGAGCGUCCUUUACGCGGAGCUCUUCUCGGCUCGACCAUGUCAUGCAUCAUUGCGGAACAAUUCGGAAGGCUGAAGAAAUGCGAUCGAUUCUAUUAUGAGAACGACAAUAAUGCUGCCAAAUUCACUCCCGCUCAACUGAAUGAGAUCAGAAAAGUGAAGUUGGCGAGCAUUUUCUGUUCGAAUAGCAAGUACCUGAAGACAAUUCAACCGAAUGUGUUCGACGUCACCGAUGAAUUGACGUGAGUUCCCGCGUUUCCUUCAACCGAAACGUGGCCUCUUUCAGGAAUGCUCAAGUGCCGUGCUCCGACAUUCCUCAAGUGGAUUUGUCGCUCUGGAAGGAAAGAAGUAAGUCGCAUUCGGAAGACUCUCUAAUCGUGACCCCAUUUCUAGAAACCUGUGAGAUGAACGGACGGAGCAUCGCCCUGGGAGACUCGGUGCACAUGACUCCGUGCGUGACGUGCACGUGCACCCUCGACGGAGUAACUUGCAAUCCGACCAAAGUGGACAGUUGCGAGAAGCUCACUCACAAGUACUUGCUCACGGACAUCGCCAAGGACACCUCGUGCAUGAUCCAGUGUACGGACUACAUGAAGAGGGUAUGA